AUGAAAAGAGAUGAGGGAUACAAAGCACCGUGGAAGUUCUCAGGUAGUGUUAGUGUUAUCCUGGAGUAUUCAGAACAGAACAGUGCCGUGAUUGCCAUUUCACGAUCUGCUAAAAGCCUGAUGGUGUUAUGGAAGGCAGCCGUGGGAGGUGACGGAGUCAGGAUGAUUGGCAGUAUAUCAGAGGGUAAUGGCCACUUCUUCUACUGGCAACUCCAGGGGUUGGAAUCCAUGACCAAUUUGAAUCCUCACUCAGCACAAAAUCAUGAGGCUGGAAUCCUCUUCAAGCUCGGUCACGUGAGAUUGCCCCGGGACUCUGACAACACUCUUGCUUUAUCUGGUACCUGUGGCCCGUGCUGGCUCCUUGAUUCCGUUCCCUCUGUUUCCUCUGCUUCCUUCGCGAACCUGUCACGGGGAGCACAAAGCCUGCUGGGCUUUAGCCCAAGUGCUAGCGUGGGCGACGAUGAACCCUCCUUUGCCACAGGUUACAACCCGAGCCUUCUGCCUUUCCCCAGGCAGGCCCGCCGCGCUGCGGGGCUCGGGCUGUGCGGGGCUCGAGCUGUGCGGGGCGGGCGCCUGGGCUGCCCAGGGACUGGACGAGGCCAGUCCGGGCCGCGCCCUGCCGACCGGUCUCCCAGCGACGGGAGCGGUGGGCCAAGGCGGCACAAACACCGGGAGCCGGUGACUCCGCGGCGGAGCGCAGGCGGCGGGGGGGCCAUGAGCUGCAGGUCCGGGUGCAAAGAGAAGCUACCUUUCAGGCACAAGCCAGGGCUGAAGCGCCCCAACUUCCUGAAUGGCCAGCACUGGGUGUUCCUGAGACCAGGUCCCGAGAGCAGUUUUCCACCUGGGAGUCACCGCAAAGUCCCAGGGGCUCUGAAGGCACAGCCUGGAGAGGUGAAGGCCAGCCUGACCCCACACCCCUUGGCUCUCUACCCGGAUCUCAGAGGAACCAUGCCUGCAGAGCUCCUUUUACAGGUGCUGGAAGUGCUGGAUCCUGAGAGGAAGCUUGAGGACAUGUGGGCUUCUUGUGAGGAUGCCAGCAAAAGAGCAGAGCAACCCAGAAAACUUCUAAAGAAACGCUCCACCAAAGUCCACCCAGGAGCUUCCAAGAAGACUCCUGCGUCACAUUCAGGCCAGUGGUUCCAUGAAGAAAAAUCAAGUGAGGUGGAGUCGCUCCAUGAUGACAGACCUCUUCUUCAGGAAAGCGCCCGCCAAGGGGUCAGUGACUUCUGCAACUGGCUUGCUACUUUGGGAAAUCUGAACAUUGAUGAAGAGUUCAUCCUGAAACAGUUUGACCUUGACAUUCUGAGCAGGCCACGUUCAGAUGUGCUCCGUGUGAUGAGGCCAAGCCAGGUUCCCCCGGAGCUGCGGUGUCGUGUCAGCCUGAGGAAGGGGCCACAGCCAGAACUCUUUCAGAAGCCAAAUGAGAAGAGGAAACCCCCAAAGGCCCAGAAUCCUUGUAAGCCAAAGAGAGUGAAGAUGAGGUAUGGGGCAUGGUACCUCAACACCAAGUUGUGGAAAAAGCAUAGAGCAGAUGAACCUUUGCUUGAUCCCAAGGUCUCACAGCAAGCUCCAGAUGAGAACUUGGAAAGGAAGCUGCAAGAGCAGGAAGAGCGGUUUGCAGAGCUCCAGGGAACAGCUGCCUUCCGGGACUUCAUUCUCCGCCGGGGCUACAGGAUGCCGAGCUUCCUUGAGAAGAUAUAUGCUGGGAAGAAAGGUAACUGUGGGACUCCCAUAAAACCCAGUCAAGGCUAAAAGAUUCUGAGCGAAACGAUUAGGGCAAGUUUAUUGACUACAUACUUGGAGAGUGCUUUCUCUUGAUUGAAAAUGUAAAUAGAAUUUAGGAUAAGUGUCCUAUUGUGGAGGGACAAUGUUGAUUUGGCGACAUCUGUAAAUGUAAUAAUAUCUAAUACUUAACAUAAUUCCAUAUGGCUUUCUGUCUCAUUUAAUCAAUAUUUUAUGUUUUUAGUAGCUAGAA